AUGCUGGAUCCACACCCGUUGACACUGGCGCCUCCGGAUGCCGUGAGUACAAACCUUCCACGCAGAUCGGAAGACUCGAAUACCUCACAACAGCUCCCGUUGAACAUAUCGUCGAGCGAUGUGUCCAGCACAGUGGCUCUACCCACCGUGCCCGACCGGGAGGAUGACGAGACGCCUCCUACCUCCACCACGUCUAGCCAGCUCGGGUCGCAAGAGACAAGAUCUAUAGAAUCGCAGGAAAACAAGGAGUCGACGGAAGACCAUGCAGCCGUAGAGGCCGUCCGAGAACAUCGCUUGCUUACAAACUCACAGAGUCCUCCGCCUCACAGUCUCUCCGGAGCAAAACGAACAGCAAGUGGCGAGGUCAAAAGGUCGAGUGUCAACGGACUCGCAGAUGUUGUGGGCCAGUCUAAAGAUCUCGGACAUGCUCUAACGACCAGCAGUGUGCCAAAUGGCAACAUCUCAGAGCUCUCUCAACAACUACGUACAAGACUGAAAUACGCCAUGAUCAAGGUGCAGAAUGGCUGGCAGACACGUUCCCUCGAUGAAGUUGAAUCCUUGGCCUCGCAGUCGCCCCGAUCUACCGUGUCUGGGUUUCCAAACUCCCCUCGUCCACGCGGUCCUCUUUCCCCCCGAACGGUCAUGUCCCGAAGUUAUGGACGAGAGUCGAGCGAGAGCGACUCAUCCGACAGCACCCUUGAAAGCCGAGGUCUGGUGACCCUGAACAGUCCGCAAAUAUCUUCGCGACGCGCUCUCGCACCCCCCGUCGAUAUUGUGCCUAGCUCUCGUCGUCGACCAACACCAAAUGGAAGUUAUCAGAACCCAAUCAGUGCUCGACGCGCAUCGACGUCGUCGCGUGUUCCCACCAGUCACCGAACACCAAGUCAGAAUGCUGCCAUGGAAGCAGAUGCCGUCGAGACACUUCUUUUCAUGGCCAGUCCGAAUAAUUCAGGAUACAAUCCGAGCCUGUCGCAAGAUUCUACUAUACGAUCAAUACCAUCGUUUGCGGCUUCACAGUUGACGUCUCCAUUGCGGACUCAAUUCAGUCAGACGUCAAUGACAUCGCCAAAGAAAGUUGCCUUUCCGAAUGGAAGACCUGCGUAUGAUAAAGCUGCCAUUAUUGAUCGUAUGCUGAAUGACAUCUCGGAUGAUAGCGAUGAGGAAUUGCAGCGUGCGUUUGAACUUGCAGAGAAAUCUAAAGCUUCAGCACCAGCGGCGGCAGCAUCACCCACUGUGUCAACUUGA